ACAGCAUCUGCUCAGUGUGGGAGAAGGGUCACCUUGAAUCAUUAUAAAUUGUCUAUGGCACGCGCUUUAUUUCAACAGCGCCCAAGCUCAACAGCCCGUCCUCCAAGCUCGUCCUCUCGAAGGGUCCUCUAGGUUUUCGUGUAUAAGGCACGUGAUGCAUUGUGGCAAGCUUUGGGCAAGAAACAUGAAGAUUGCUGGUUGCGCAUUGAUAAUGAUUGUCGUAAUGACAGUGACAACAUCUGAAGACCUAUGCAAAGUAGAUCCUCGAACAGGUAUGUUUCACGCGACUGCCAUUGGAAGGGCGACGAACCGUUUCUUUGGCAAAUGCUGGCUAAACCUGAAGGAUAUGCAUCGCAAGCUCGACUCUAGGAUGGUAGUUGCGAUCGCAGAUUAUGCUUGCGAAAAUGCUGACUUCUGCGUCGCUAAGGUUGGCGAGGAGGAUAUUCCAGCGUUUUGUGAGUGCAUGUUUGACUUCUUCGUAGCAAACUGGACGUAUAGAGACGAGUUCGAUGAGCAUGACAGACAAGCGAUGAGAAGGAGCCUCGCGUGCAUGAUCCCGGUCCUGCCCAACAAGGAAGUCCUGCUGCACCUCAACCUCUAUGCCCGUAAAAUCGUCGGAUAGGAGCACGUCAUCGGUCUUUCCUUACAGAAAUAUAUCUCGUCAGAGGAUUCUUGAACAGUUCUGAACGAUAAUACAUCGCAUCCUUUUCCU